AUGACGUAACUACGGUAAAACAAUAUGGCGUCUUCGGCCGACAUCAUUAUUUGUAAAUGAGUACAGCCGGAUAGACCGCUGCCUCUUUUGAGGCGCUGGUGUCCGACUUCAACUUUUGAGCACAACAAAUAAAUAUUAGGGGCCUGCGUGUGUGUUGGCUUCUGUUUGGAUUCAACUCGAGCCGAGAGCUGUGUCGGUGACGGCGGUCAAGGAUGGACUGUGGAGAGUACAUGUCUCCAAUGGAGAACGUGGACCCGACUUUGGAAUUAGGAGAUGGCUUAACACAGGGGGACAUCGAUGAGUUGUUUCAGCUCGUCAACCCGGUGGGGGACUUCCUCGACUUGUUUGCGGAGCAGAUGAGCUCCGCCGACACUCUGAGCACUGCCACUCGACCGGCCAAUCAAAACAGUGGACCCGCCCAACCGGCAACCCCAGUUGCUUACAACGGCUCCAGUGUUGGCCUUUCUGCCCCGCAGACAUUGUCCCCCAGGUCCGGGUCCCUCCCCCCGGCUCUCUCUCCUGCUCAGAGCCCCUCCGCGACCACAGCAUCCGCAGUACCGCAGCAGGUGACCCGCAGCCCCCCGCCCCUUCAGCCGCGGCCUCAGGUGGUCCAACCCAUCCAGCCCCACCUCAUGGCCCAGCCCACCAUUCAGAUGCAGACCCGGCGAGUCCCAGUUCACACUUUGGUUCCAACACCCAUCCAGACGCCGGCGGCCCAAACUGUAAUGAUUGCCUCCAGUGGUGGGCAGUCCCAUUUUAUCCAAAACCCAGUCAUCUGUCACCAAAGCCCUACACCUGGUUACCCAGUACUUCAGCCACAGAUGCAAAGUCUGAUGACAUCGCCCCAACUGCAUCCAGUGACCAUUCACCAGCACCUUCUGACAACUGGUCAGGCCAUUCUUUCUACAGCGCCUACUACAGUCCAUGCUGUGCCACAGCAGGUGCAGCAGGUUUUGGUUCAGCAGCCUCAGAUUUUGAAGACAGAUUCCCUGGUUCUGUCCACCAUGCAAAACCCAGCAGGGAUCACAACAUUGACCACGCCCCUCCCGAACACAACACUGCAAGUUCCGACACUGAUGGGUGGCAACCUCCUGACUCCUGUUCUGGGAGGCGGAGAAAAGCUGACAAUCAAACAACUGCAGCCAGGCUCCUCCCACUGCGCAAACGGCUCCAUAUCAAGCAUAGAGACGAGCCCUAUGACUGGAGGGGUGGUGAAGGAGGGUGAGAGGAGGACCACCCACAACAUCAUUGAAAAGCGGUACCGGUCAUCCAUCAAUGACAAGAUUGUGGAGCUGAGAGACUUGGUCGUAGGCAAUGACGUCAAGAUGCAUAAGUCGGGUGUGUUGAGUAAAGCAAUCGACUACAUAAAGUACCUGAAGCAGGCCAACCACAAACUUCGACAGGAAAAUCUGUCUCUUAAAAUGGCAAACCAGAAGAACAAGUCGGUGACACUGUCUGAGGAUAUGGAACCGAAAGAGGAAAUUGCAAUGAUGUCCCCUCCAGCCUCUGAUUUGGGCUCAGUCUCCCCUCACCAGUUCUCUCCCUACGGUGUGGAUUCUGAGCCCAGCAGCCCCUUAAUCGAUAACGAUCAGAUGAAGUGUGAGCCAGACUCUCCUUCCUCUGUCGGAGUGAUGGACGGCUCUCGCUUGCUUCUCUGCGCUCUGACCUUCUUCUGUCUCUCCCUGAAUCCACUGCCCUCUCUGUUGGGUUCCGAGAGCUCAGAAAGUCUCUCUCCCGGGCACGGGCCCUCUAGAACUCUUGUCUGGUUCCCGAGCCCCACCCAAGAUUUUGCGACUUGGCUGCGUUGUCUGUUGCCAUGGGUGAUGGCUUGGCUGCUGAGUGGUUUGGGAGCAGUUUGGGGUUGUGUGCGGGUGCUCUACCUCUGGGAACCCGUCACGCCGCUUCACUCCCCCAAGUCGGUGUCUUUCUGGAGACACCGAAAGCAAGCUGAUGUUCACCUUAAGAGAGGAGAUUAUCCUGCGGCAUUGACCAGUUUAAAGACCUCCUUGUCCAUCUUGACCAGAGCGUUGCCUUCCACCAAACUGGACCUCGUCUGCUCGUUAUCCUGGAACCUGAUUCGGUAUUUUUUGCAUCGCCCAACCCCUCUCGGAUGGCUCGUUCACCAAAUCAGAGGCAAACAUGAGGGGGAUGAGGCGAGGACAAGCGCCAAGGAUGCUGCUCUGGUAUACCAUCGUCUGAGCCAGCUGCAACUCACUGGAAAGCUGCCCCAGCGAAGCAGCUGGUGGGCGCUGUCGCUGUCUCUGAGCGCUGUCAACCUCAGUGAAAGCGCUCAAGGAAAGAUGGCCCCCGCUCAACUCGCCGAGAUCUACGUCACCGCGGCCGCAGCCAUGCGCACCGUACUGGGUCUCCAUAUCGCCUGUCUGCCCGGUUACUUACUGAGUUGUGCAGAGCGCAUCGCAAAUCAAUGCGAAGCAAAGCACAUUCCUGACUCCCUGCGCUGGCUCUUCACCCCGCUGGGCAGGCACUUCUUUCUAAGCUGCGAUUGGUCAUUGAAUUCGGAGAGCAGCGAUGGGGUGUUCACAUCGCAGAGAGACCCGGCGGACCCCGUUGCCCAGUUGCACCGCUGUUUCUGCAGAAAGUUGCUUGAGAGAGCCGUUCACACGCUCAUACAGCCUCAAAGUGACUCUGAAGCGGGCAAACAUAAAACCGGCUCUGGGGACUUUUCCAGUGCUCUGGAGUUCCUGCAGCAGUUGAAUAAGUGCACAGAGGACUCUCCGUCAGCUCCUCCCUUCUCAACUCCUCCCAGUCACGUCACCACACCCGUGAGAGAUUCAGUGAGUCGGUGGUGGGCUUCGGUGCUAAAAGCUGCCGUCUAUUGGCUUCAGGGUGAUGAUGUCACCGUCAGGUCUCUGUUGGUCGAAGCAGAGCGAAUGCCGAGAACUCGACACACUCUUGACCACCCUCUGCCCAAAGCUGUGCAGUCCCUCUGCAAGUCGGUUCAGAUGAGUCUGUCACCUCUAAAGGGAGAAGGAACCGCAGCCUGCCUGUCCCGUUGCGACCAAGCCAGCAGCUACCUGCGCUCCAGCAUCUCCGUGCCUCUUGGCCAGCCUGGCGACUACUUAAACAAGGCGAUGGAGCUCUUGGUAUGUGACCUUCUACUGACCUUGAGGACCAGUUUAUGGCAACGAGGAAGCAGCACUAAUGGGGAACCUGGCCCAGCAUCUGCAUCUCAGUUGGCCGGUUUUCAAAGUGACCUCAGUGUGCUCAGAAGACUCACGCAGUGCUCCAGACAGACCCAGCAUAAGGUGUUCCUCCACGAGACCACAGUGAGGCUGAUGGCCGGAGCUAGUCCCACACGGACGCACCAGCUGCUGGAUCACAACCUGCGACGCCGGACGCACGGCCUCCACGCUGCAGAGGGUGAGCGGGAGCGGGCUCAUGCCAUUCUGCUGGCCUGCGGCCACCUGCCCAUGCCCCUGUUAACCCCGGCCGGGCAUCGCGCCCAUCUGCUGGCCGAGGCCAAACGCACGCUGGAGCGGGUGGGAGAUCGUCGAUCCCUGCAAGAUUGUCAGCAGAUCCUGUUGCGCCUGAGCGCCGGCACGACCGUCGUAGCAUCCUGAACGCUCGCACACACACAAACCCGAAGGCUACCGUUGAUUGAACUCAUCAAUUUAUAGCAUAUAAAUGACAAGCGCCAAUUUUGUACGCCCAAUACAUUUUCAAGCCCGUUUCGGCAUCUCUCCCGAUGCUGAGCUUUUGAACAAUCUCGCCACCUUUUGGUCAUUCACAGUACAAAGUUGGCUCACUGGCACAUCACGUGUUGGUGGAGGUGGGGGGGCUUCCAAAGACAAGGGGAACAGUUUAUAAAUAACUGUUCAAAUUCAUGCCAUCGCAGAGGUGCAUCAUUUAGCUGUUUAAUGCCAAGCUUCACAAUAAUCAGCACUUCUUAACAUCUCAAUCGCUCGGCCAGCUCCGUUUCCAAGGGCUGUAAAAUACAUACUCAUGAAAAUCAGACCGGUUUACUUUCAACUAUUAAAGAGUGUCGCUUCUUAUCUACCUCAUUCACAGUACAUUAUACUGUGGGGGAAAUCAGAAUACCCAAGCGCCAGGUCGCUUAUUCUCAAUUGGAAGUCAGAAUGUGCAGCUUUCAGUCAUAAUUCUGCUGCUAAUUAAUCGAGUUUGAUACAAACGCUUCCUGACACAGACAACACAUCUUGUAGAACAUGUAAAAAUGAUUGCAUAUUUACAGUUUGUACUUUGGUUGUAAAUCCAAAUAGAACAACUAUUAAAAAUAGAUUGAAUAGUAAGCGUUUGCGUAAUUGUUCCAAGAAAACCCACGUUGUAGAUCACAUCACAGGCAAUUGUUCCUCGUCAGGUCGAUCUGAUGGCUGGACCACCUGAACAGUUUGAGCUGUCUUGCCCCAAUUGUCAAAAUAUUUUCCUGAGUUUUAAAAAAUAUUUCCGUU